AAAUAUUUCACAUUAAACACAUGUUGAAAACUUGGGGUAUAAUUUGUUUUGCUUCCUGCUCUGCAGCCAUAUAGCAUUUUAAAUUAAAAGCCAUCUUUCAUAUCAAAGUCAUGUUAGGUUCGGAAUUUGAGAUACAGUUCAUUUUGCUCUGUGUUCUGCAGGCAUAAUGGUUUGUAAUUAAAAGCCAUAGCUUCUGGUUUUGAGGAAAUAAUAUCUCAUGUGUUAAAAUCACUGUGAAGAAAUAGUGUAAGAGACUAUUCAGGUAUUUACCAGAGGUUCCAGCCCAUGGCCUGACUCUCCAGUCCUUGACAACUAUGCUAGGUUGUCAUCACCACAUACUAGAUAGAUUAGUUACAAGGAUUUCUUAAGACCUGCUUAAGGUCUCACAGCCUUCCUUAAAUAGACAUCUGUGUCCUCUCUUGAAUGAGGUUGUUGAUGCUGAACCUCGCUGUCUGUGUCCAUGAUUUCUUUGGUUGCUUUGGAGAGACACUAACAGCACUAACAGCAUAGGAAACACUAAAGCCAGCCUUCCGUCAUGACAACCCAGUGAGAUUUAAAAGGCCCAAAUUAUCUAGGAACACAAAUAACGUCUCUGCCAUUUUCAAAGGCCCUCCCACACACAUUCCCUAUUUAUAGUACAAAAUAGAAAUAGUAAAGGUGGGAUAUUGGGUUUGUGUUAUCAUAAUUCUUCUCAGUUUUUGUUCCUUUCUCCCGAAAGAUGUCCAGGUCUCUGACCUCCUCUGUCUGAAAUGCACUACUUAUUCUUCUGAAUUUGUAUCUUGUCUCCAGUUUCAUUGUCCGUGUUCUUUCUGCUUAGCAGAGUAAACUUAUCUGUUCCCUCUUCUUUUUUGCCAUGUUUUAAUCUAAUCCAGCUGUCACCUAUUGAAAACACUUUAUUCAAGCUACUUUGUAUAGUCUCAGAAGGAUAAGAAGAGGCUACAGCAGGUAAGAGCCAUUUACUAGCCCUAACACAACAGAGUUAAGGGCCCUUCAAAUACACUGCUUUUCUAGAAAACCAGGCAGCUAGAACCACACAGUGUCCCAGGGAGUUUUCCAGCACAUUGCGUAUCUAUUGAUUGAUUUCUUGUCUAUAUCCAGGUGCACUAACUGAACAUGUGCAAAUUCAGUUUCUCUGUGAUUAAAUUAGGACUUCUUUCCCCUCUUUUCCCAUCCUUCCUGUCUCCUCUGUUUCUCACUACACACUUAGGCAGGUACCAAAAUCUUUUUUUUAAAUUAUUGUACCUUCAAAUGUGGUUUAAUAUUUAAUAUUUAGACAACCUAGGUUAAUGUCAGAGAUGCAUGUGAGUCAUGUAUGUUUCUUACCUGUGCUAUCAAGUAGGGGACAUGACAAGUUAGCAUAGUUGUCAGGGAUUUCAAAAUGUUCUCUCCACUGAGCUAAUAAAGGUCUCAAACCUACAACUGUCUGCCUGCCUGCCUGUUUGAACACUUCAAAAAAUGUAACUGUAUCAUAAUGCCUCUGUGGCACACUCCUGAAGGCUAGACAUUGGAUUCUGCCAACAGAAAUCCAUAUUUCCUAACCAGAGAACCCCUGAUAUCCUUUACUCAGAUUGGUUAGCGGAAUAAUUUUGAUCCAGCUUGACCCUUCUUUCUUUAGAGCCCCUGAUGCAGUUUUCUUUCCCUUUGUUUGUUAAUCACAGGAAGAGCUGUGUCAUACUGCAGCUCUGUUUCCCUAACCUGAAUUAGUCAGAGGUGGCAGGAGACAGGAGUCGUGUUUACUUGUUCACUGUGAUGAUGGAUGGAUCUGUGAGGGCCUUACCAACUUUACCUGCAUUUUGUAACGUUUUUCUUUUUAAAACAUGUAACAUUAUCUUAAGAGAACUAACCCUCAAAGUGAUCCAUUAGCAGUAUGUAGGUUUUACCCCUUCCUGGGAAACAAUCCCCCUAGAUUAAAGGCAAUUUAAAUCUAAAUUUAAAUCUUAAUUUCUUGAAUAUUUUGUGAACAAAAAAAAAGCUCAAUGAAAGAGGAUAUUGAAUUUGAAGUUGCAAAUAACAAAACACAAGAACGGGGAGCUACCAACAGUAAAUGAGGAUGAAGUGGAAUAGGCAUUUCUCUGCGUAACAGGUGGUUUUCAGUCCCUGUCCAGGAAUAACCAUAUCUGAAAGGAAAGUUACUACCAGGACCUGCAACACAAAACAGACAUGUCUUAACUACUCAAUGGCCAAGUGAAAGUAUACGGUCAGUGCAAAAGCAUAGUACAGAAGCAUAUGUUGUAAUUGGUGUAAGAAUGUAGUUGUAUGUAAAAGAUGGAGACAUCAUAGCUAAGUAUGGUAAUAAUUGAAGGCUGUUGUAGUUCACUGGUGGGUCCACCAGCAGGGACGUAAGAUUAAACAACACUCACUCAGAGGUUACAUUCACUAAUUCCCCCACAAUCUGAAGGUGGAUGACAUCAUCCUUGGUUAUGCCCAAGAAACAGGAUUCGAAGCCCAGAAGGCACUGAGUACUGGUGGAGAGAGAACACGUCUUUCUAUUUGGGAAUCAGAUAAGACCUUGGCUUUGAUUUUGUUUUGCCCCCUUCCCAGCUUUGUGACCUUGCACGUGAGCAAGAGUGCCCAUUUCCUCACUCUCUUGCCAACUGUCUGUUGUAUCAUUUGGAGGGGGGGGCACUUCAUUACACAUCAAAUUAGGUAGAAAAGUGAAAUUCAUUGCUGUUCAUAUUUGCAUCUCUUAGUUAGGGAAGGUGAGUCUCUUUUGUGGAUUGUUUAGUUUUAAUUUUUAUUUCUAAUGUUUGGGUUUUGAGGAGCCCCCAUGAAUAGCACCUCUCUUUCCUCACUGAACAAAUUGAACAAAUUGAUGUAAAAUAAAUGAAGCUGCAGAUAGAAGCCUAAAUGUCAGCUUUCGUACAAGGUGAAGGUAAGUUUCAGGGCACUGAUUAUUGUCAGAGUCAAGCUGGCUUUAAAACAUCCAAUUUAAACAAUCUUACCAAACAGCCUGGAGGUUUGCAACUGUAUAAAGACAGAGAUACCUGUAGUUGCACUGCAUGAGCUUGGGAAGUAAAUAUUUGGAGUGGUUAACAAUUACUCCCUCAGAACACUGUGAAUUGUUUAUGUCCCUUACUCUCUUUUUUUUUUUUUACCUUCACUAUUUUUUCUUGUCAAUUUGUAAGAGCUACUUUAGAGUAGAGAUACUUUUUGAAUUGAAAACAGUUUGUCAAGUUUAUUCUUCUGUUUUCAACUUUGCUUUAUAGUGUUUUUACCAGGAAUAGUUUUUUUUUUCAAUUUUAAUAUAUUCAGAUAUAUAUCUCUUAUAUCUCUCUUCAUUAAGGAUUUUGGCCGAUGUUUUAGGUUUAAAAAUGACUUUACUUGAAAAAAAGUGAAACUUUCUGAAGGAUGAAGCAAACUGAGUAAAAGAGAAACCUAUCAUGUCCCAUGGUGAGAGGAAUUAAAACUGUAGAGAUUUAAUUCUCCACAAAAUAAUGCAUUAAUUUGCUGCAGUCACAAACAAGGACAAAGUGGGUCUUUUUAGUGGACCUUGAUCUACCGGGUCUUAAAAUCUUUUGUAGAAGUGUUACCAUAGAAGGCAAGAAAAAUCUGUAAGAGAUAUUUUUAACUGAGUCUUUAUUAUAUGAUAAAGGAAUAUGCUAUUUCUUUUCAGAAUAUCACCUACCCCUGUGUUUUGAAUGGAAAUUAAAGAGACACAUGUUGCCAUUUCUCUUUCGAAUCCUUUUAAAAAUGAACGUUUUUCCCCUUUAAGUGAAUUUCAGUUAACUUGGCGAUUCUCCUCCCUCUAAUUGAGGGAAAGGCCCCCUGCUUUCCCCAUCACAGGGAGGGGGCGGAGCAUCCUCUGAGAAGCUUGGGAGUGAGCUGUGCCAGGCCAGUCUUGGGGGAGGAGCUGCAUUUCACGAGGCUGCAGCUGACAAGAAGCUUCAAGCUUAGGUCAAUAUCAGAGAUACACACGACCUGGGGGAUCUGCAUGUGAUACCAGUCAAGCCCCAGAAAGGCAGCGUGACCACAAAAGUGCCGAGCAGGGAGAAGGCUCUGCUGGAAAAGCAGCUGGAGUGAGAAUAAAACCAACCACAUCACGGAGCCAGACUCCACAAUCCACGUGACACUGGGGAAGGGCCGUUUGUCUUCUCCAUCACAGGGAGGGGGCGGAGCAUCCUCUGAGAAGCUUGGGAGUGAGCUGUGCCAGGCCAGUCUUGGGGGAGGAGCUGCAUUUCACCAGGCUGCAGCUGACAAGAAGCUUCAAGGCAGCCUGUCUCCUUCUGGAGUGAGAAUCAAGACAACCGGAUCACAGGGCUAGACUCUACAUCAGUAUCUUCCAUAUUGUCCCAUUCAAACAACGUGUUCAAGCAUCCUUGGGAUAUUCACCUGGAGGAGAACAGGCCACACAAGUUAUAAAACUUUUGUGGCUCUUUGUAGUUCUAAAAGAGGCAUUGGUAUAAGUACUGUUUUUGGUAGGAACUGCCUUAGUAGUGACAGGAAUAGCCAGACACCUUAAUCUCUAAUAAUAACCUCUUGGCACACAAAUCUAAAUCAUAAUGGAUGCCGAGUAUGUCUUAUGCAAUUGGCAAGACCAGUUGUGGCCAGCAAAAGUUUUGUCCAGAUCUGAGACUUCGUCAAAUGGUAAGAGGAAAAAGACAUUUUUUCUGGAAGUUCAAAUACUCUCACUAGAUGAAAAAAUUAACGUGGAAAGCACAGAGACAAAGAUCCUAAGUAAGUCUGAAGUUGAAGCUAUUGCCUCCUCACUGGCAGCACAGUCAGAGGUCAGUGGCCCACCUAGCGAGGAAACAGCCUAUGCAAAGUCACUAAAAGUGGCACUGGAUAUUCUGAGUGAGAGAACAAAUUUGACUCAAGCAAGCAGUUCAGAUGAAGAAGAGACCACUACGCUGUCUCAGAAUGUGCCACAAAAGCUUUCCGAUUCACCUCCUCGUAAGAAGUAUCAGAAGCACGAAGAAGAUUUUCCGAAGUGUUUUGAGAAAAAUGAAAAGCCAGCAUCCUUGUUAGUGUCUUCAGAGAGUGAUGAUUCCCCGUAUGAUGACAAAUCACAGGUACGUGCACUCAUUGACGCUAUGCCUAGUGAAAUGGAAACAAAGUCAUCACAAGACUUCAGCUGGUGCCAGAAUUUCCCUUCACUUUCAGAAGAUGAGGAUGAAAAGGAGAGCAAGAAAAAGAUCGACAUCUCCACAAUUAUGACUUUGCCUUCCACAAUCAAAGAGGAGGAUGUAUGUGUUAAGGAGGAAAAGUUCUCUCCAACUUUGCCGUCGGAUAUCUUUACUGUGCCCAAAGCUUUGAAAGAGGAGGCCCAGGACAUCUGCCCCGAGGCCCCAGCUAUUUCCUCUGAAUGCUCUACCUUCUCAGAGAAUAUUGAAGAUCCUGGAGAGGGUCCCUCAAAUCCAUGCUCAGAUACCAGCCAGAAUCAACCUACUGUGGAAUCAGAGACAGAUGCUGUGGCAUCCCCUAGGCCUUCUUCAUGGGAAUGUCAGGUUUCACUUGGUGCCUCUAACCGUGUCACAGAUUAUUCAUUCCUUCUUGUGAAUAAUGAAAGAAAUCUUCAGAGCCUGGAUUUUGAGGAACUUGGGGAAGAAUUUCAAGCUUCUGACAAGUCAGUGAAUCUAAGUUCUAUUGAUGCUUCCAUAUUAGAUGACAAUGAGGAAGAUGAAGAACUUCCACGCUUCCUUAUUCAUUAUGAGCCACGUUCAUUUGAAACAGGAAUGAUUGUCUGGUUUAAAUAUCAAAAAUACCCAUUUUGGCCAGCGGUGGUAAAAAGCAUCAGGCGAAAAGAGAGAAAAGCAAGUGUGUUUUUUGUUGAGGCAAAUAUGAGUCCUGAAAAGAGAGGCAUUAGAGUGUCCUUUAGAAGGUUAAAGAAAUUUGAUUGUAAAGAGAAACAAGCACUAGUGGAAAAAGCCAGGGAGGAUUACAGCGAAAGUAUUGACUGGUGCAUCUCACUGAUCUGUGACUACAGAGUUAGAAUAGGUUGUGGUUCUUUCACGGGCUCUUUCCUUGAGUAUUAUGCUGCUGACAUUAGUUAUCCACUUCGGAAAGUAAUCAAACAGGAUACCUUCAGGAACUUAUUUCCAAAGCUGCAUAAUGAAAAUCCCAUGGAACCAAUGGUUGUGACUUCCCAGACCAAGAAAAUGUCCUUCCAGAAAAUUCUUCCAGACCGAAUGAAGUCUGCUCGGGACCGAGCCAACAAGAACCUAGUGGACUUCAUUGUGAAUGCAAAGGGAACAGAGAGCCAUCUUUUAGCCAUUUUAAAAGGCACGAAAGGGUCCAGGUGGCUGAAAUCAUUUUUGAAUGCAAAUAGGUUUGCACCCUGUAUUGAAACAUACUUUGAGGAUGAAGAUCAAUUGGAUGAGGUGGUGAAAUAUUUACAAGAAAUCUACAAACAAAUAGAUGAAAAAAUGCUAACUCUGAUAAGAGAUGAUAAAAUUAAAUUUAUCCUGGAAGUUCUUCUGCCAGAAGCAAUCAUUUGUUCAAUUUCUGCUGUUGAUGGAUUAGAUUACAAGACAGCGGAAGCGAAGUAUCUAAAAGGGCCGUCUCUAGGAUACAGGGAACGAGAAUUAUUUGAUUCAAAAAUCCUAUUUGAAAAGAGACGGAAACCAUUAACAAAUGAAGCUCAUUAAACCUUCUCAGACUCCAGCCGUAACAGGAAGCUUCCACAGAUACUAGUUUAAAAAGAAAAAUCUCCGAAUGAUUCUAACAUAAAAAUAUUUUCCAGAAAUGGGAGACUUCGAGUGAUGUGUUCACUUUUUUUUUUUGCAAUCUCUAGAAUCUUUGAGUAUUGCUACAUCUUCAUUUCCUUUUCUUACACUUCUUCAAUUUAUUAACAUAUUUCAGCAGUUCUACUUUCCCAUACAUUUUUAGAAUGCAUAAUUCCUAAAUGAUUCAUAAGGGAAAGUACUAUUUUGUUUUUUGACAUUUUUGUGUCUAUGCUGUAUAGUUAAAUACAGUGUGCACAAUCAUUUUAAUAUUAAAAUUGCACUGGUUUUAGAUACUAAGCAAGAUAAUUAGAAAAAGUUAAAAAGUGUCAAUUAUAUAUUUUUGCUUAAUUUUUAUAAAAUAUUGGGUUUUCUCUUAAGAUAGCCGAAUUAUUUUUCCUGCCAUGCUUAUUUAUUUUUGGAAAAGAUAUCUCUGACAUAUAGAACCAAAGAUAGAGACGCUUUGCUAUAUAUUAUAACUAGCUGCAAUUACUUUUUGCAAGAAAACAAUCCGGAAUUCAAAAAUAAAGUAACUGAACGACCUGCAUGCAGUCUAUGUGUGUGUGAGUAACAUCUCAGCAUGCAGAAAAUAAUUUUGGCAGCCUUGAACAGGAUUGUUCGUUCUACACCUCCCUGAAAUUCCAUUUGUGGGAGUGUCUAUUAUUCAAUAGCUAAAUGGUUCCUUAAAACAGACAGGCUUUUGGCUGUCUUCAUAACUAACAGUGGCGGUAUCUUAAUAUAGCCUUCUGACCACAUGUGGAAGGCAGCUAGAAUCGUUGUAUUCGUGGUCUGGCUACUCUCAAUGUAUAAGUCCAGGCUGACCACUUAAGAGCCCAUCCAGUUUGAUAUAAACUGUGGAAAAUGCAAGCACUUUGUUCUGAGUCUUGUAUCUCCAAUUACAUGGUCACUUGUUUCAAACCAGGCAAUUUUUAUCAUGUGGCUUAUUCAUAUGGUAGUUCCAAUUGCUUCCAAUAAUAUAUAUUCCAACUGGUAAAUCAUUCCAGACUACUAGAAAGAGUAGAUGGACCAGAAUCUGUGAAUUUGGAGAUGGGUCACAGAAAAAGUCUCUAUUUGGCCAAAUAUGAUAAUUAUCCUGAUACGUUUAAAAAUACACAACUGCAAGUUAAAGUUUGAAGCCAGUUAACUGCUUAUUCUAACUUGAAAUAAGACUUUGGUGAGAAUAAAUAUAAAGAGAGCUAUUUUAUUCUAAAAACUUGAUGUAAAAAUAAACGUUAAAGGCUUAACGUGAACCUGUCUGCAUUUUUACUCCUAGAGUGAGACAGCUGUCACUCUUGGGCUUUUGUUAUGUGUUCACGUGGCCACGUGUUUAUGUAAAAUUUACAAAAGUUCUAUGUUUUGAUUUUCAAUAAAACUGCUCUAUCUUUCGCCUUGGAUGUUCACUUCAUCAGACUUCAGAUUGUGCAGCUACAUAAGUGGUGUUUCUGUGUUAAUAUAGAUAAUACACAUACACAUGUAUGGUUUGUUUGGAAUUUUGGCUUAUUGUAGUUGUCAUCAUUUUAAUGCUUGUUAUACAUUAUCUUAUCAUUCUAAAUAAACGUUCACUUUCAUGA